UUUCUCUUUUGCUAAUUUUUUAAUAAAACUGUCAAAUUUGUAUAAGAACAGGGCACCAAUUGAACUUGCUACACUUCUGUCAUUUUCUUCAAAUCCUUCAAAUUUAUGAAAUUUUAUACAAAAUGUUUAUUUUACAUCUCUGCAUCUCUAAAAAGCACCUUUUAGUACACAAAAAAAAUUAAUUCCUUUUUUUCAAUUCUAUUUGAAGAAAUUCUUCUUUUGAAAUUGAUUUUCAAGUCUUAAAUUCUGUAAGUAAAUUAAAUUACAUAUAAUUACUGUUUGGAGAGGUUUUUCAAUUAUCCCAGGCGUGUAUAAAGAAAACUUUUUUUUUAUACUAAAAAUAGAAAAAACAAUUUUAAAUUAAGUAAAAAUUAUUUAAAAAUUGGUUUAAAUUUGUAAAUUUUAAAAAUUAAAAAUUUAUUUUCAAAAAGAAAUUUGGCGCCCUUGUGACAAGCCACUGGCACUUAUUUAAAUUGCUACGCUACUGAACAUCGAGGCGUCCUGUAAUGUUUUGUUUGUAUUGGUGGUGUGCGGUGAAUCUGGUGAAUCAGUGAAGAGAAUGCACGUCAUACAUAUGUUUAGGAGCACACAACGAAAGGGAUUAAAGUUACCACACACAGACAUUGAAUGUCAAUAGGAACGAAACGGAAUCGGAACACACCCCCACGAGAAGAAAAGCGAAACAAAUCGCAGUCAUCGCAGUCAAUCGCAGUACAAGAUGGCUUCCCUCGGGUGUUGUGGUUGACGUUAUAUUUACAAGGAAAUAAUUUCUAAAACCAUUCUCAACCGUAAUUAGGUCGUCGUCGACCUAACUAAUUUCAUCAUUCACAAGUUCAGUGUCGUGUAAAAAUCAACUUUUUCAUGAAUUUAAUGGCGACCGGACAUUGGUUUCCAAACAAAAUGCGAACAUCUCAAGACUGAGGCACACUUGUGACUUCUGGUCAAUUAUCAUUAAUGAAAGUAAAAAGAAAAAAAAACUGAUUAGACAACAUAUGUACGGUUCAGGGGGUGGAUGAUAGAAAUUUACCUAAAAGGGAAGAGUGAAGCCAGUCGAAACACUGGAGAAAGACGGCGGAGCUUUGGAGGAGGGGGAGAUGUCCGCCGGCACCCAGGGAGAGAUUCGGGUUGGUUCAUCGCACCAGGAAUUGGUUUCUUGUCAGGCCCGAUUGCCUGAGUAUCGGCCGGGUAUUCCUUCUGGUGAGCUGCUUCCUGAUCCUGAGUUUUCCAAGGAACGCGAAGAGUUAAGAUGGGUCCCAGCAAUGGCAUUGGAUCUCGAUCUUCUCAUGUACCUGAGUGCGGCUCGUUCAAUUGCCGCGUUCGCUGGUAUGUGUGAUGGAGGAUCGACCGAUGAUGGUUGUGUGGCAGCUUCCCGUGACGAUACAACCAUCAAUGCCUUUGAUAUCCUUCACGAUUCUGGCUAUGAUCCAACAAGAGCAUUACAAGCCCUCGUCAAGUGUCCUGUACCAAAAGGCAUCGAUAAAAAAUGGUCUGAAGAAGAAACGAAACGAUUCGUUAAAGGUCUUCGACAAUUUGGGAAAAAUUUCUCUCGCAUUAGGAAAGACCUAUUGCCACACAAAGAUACGCCAGAGCUCGUCGAAUUCUAUUAUUUGUGGAAGAAGACGCCAGGGGCGAACAAUAAUCGACCGCAUCGAAGACGCAGAGCUCAAGGUUCUCUGCGCAGAAUACGCAACACGAGGAAUUCAAGGGCCGGCACACCGAAGGAGGAGGCUCCUGUUCCACCAAAAGACGUGCCUCCAAGUACAACGAACGUCAAGGAGCAAGCUUCGGAGCCGGAAAGUGCUCCUGCCGGCACUCCGGCAAUUGCGAACAAUGGCAAUCCCGGCGGUGAAGUUAGUUCAGUGACUGAAGAUGACAAUUCGGAAGAGGACAGCGACUCAAGGGAUACAAAUACAAACGGUGUAAAUCACUCGUGUCAGCAUUGUUUCUCAACGAAUUCGAAAGACUACCAAGUUACCGGCAAGGAUCGGCUGUUGCUCUGCGCAGAAUGCAGAGGUCACUUGAAAAAGUCAGGAGAAUUGCCUCCUGCGCCGCCUUACCUCUUCCGCCCAGUGCCAGCUGAGUCUCCCGACAGUCCUGGUAGAAUGCGAACGAGAAAUAAGGCCAAGGAAAUACCGAGACCGGCUAGACCCAGACGAACUGGUGGCACCGACACACCUGAUCAAGAAAAGCAACAGUCACAGCAGCAGCAGCAACAGAGUAGUGAGAAAACGAAGAAGAAGAAUUCUAAUAAGCCCGAAACGCCGAAGAAGGGCCAGAAGCGAGUCGCCGUCGAGGAAGUCGAAGAGGAGAAGGACUCUCAGAAACGAAAACGCGGAGAGCGACCCGACAGUCCCUCAGAAUCACUCACCACUGACAGUAAUUCUCUUAUGGAUGAGCCCGAGAGAGAGGCAGAGGGAGAUUCCACGGUAGAGCCUCCGGUCGCGCCUCCAGCGCCAAUCGAGGAACCCGUGAGUCCAGCGACCACAACAACACCGGAAGAAAUCUGCGAACCAACGCCCGUGUCCCCGCCAAUUCCGGUGCCAAUCCAGAGCUUGCCAAUAUCAGUUCCAGUUAUUCACACCCUCGACAAGAAACCCCCCAUCGAGGAGCUACCCGAAAUGAAAGAACAAGUUGAACAAGUGCCAUUACAAAUGACCCAACCGAUGAAAAUCGAACCAAUGCCAAUCGAACCGGCCGUCACACCACCCGAGGAAACAAAGGAGUCCGAACAAGUCAAUCUCACGCCAGCUGCGAUAGUAACCGCGCCACCACCACCUCCACCGCCGCCACCUCAACUACCGCCUCUCAAUAUUCCCGACAUCAGUCAAAAUGUACCUCGCAAUUUGUCCCAACAAAUCGGACCUUCACUCUGUCCGUCUUCCGUACCGCCCAACUUAUCCAAUCCCCAAUUACCACCUUCCAGUCAACCCCUCCCUCUCAACAUGCAAUACGCCACCAAUCUACAAAACGUGCCUCAAAAUCUCUCUCAAAACAUCCAAAUACCACCGAGUUUACCGCAAAACAUGACAACCGCACAAAACAUGGGACCAGCACAAAACCUCUCUCUACACACCGAAAGUAUAUCCAACGCACAAACAAUACCUCAAAGUAUAUCCGGACCGCCUCUCAAUCUCAACAUACCGCAGAACAUGACCACAACAACAAUGAGCCAAAUGCAAAUGAUGCCCGGCUCGCCCCAACAACCACUCGGUCUCACAGUAAUGCCCAACGAAAACCUCCGCUCCGACGAACGUCUCCCGGAAAGAAUGGACCGACUCAGGGACAACGAUCGAAUCCGCGACCGAAUCGAAUCGCGCCUCCAGGAGAACCAAGCCGAACCCGACAACAGACCCGAAGCGCCGAACCUAUUCCAACCAAUUCAGCCCAUAAUGCCCCAGGAGAAGGUCUACAAUCUCGCCGGCACUCCGCCGAUGGAGCCGCAAAACCUAGUGAAACAAGAGAUAAUCCCCCCCGAACCAGACCCACUGCAGAGCCUCAAGGAAGUGAAAGUGCCCGGUUUCCAGACGAGCUUCCCCGGACCCAGUAUUGACAAUAUCAAAAAAGAUCCGGACGGCAGCAAACCCUCGACGCCCAGCAAACACAUCCACUCGAACCAAGUGCCGCCAAUGCAAUCGGUGCCCGCCUCCCCCACUCUGGCUCCUCCCACGUCCCUAGCUCAGCCCGUAAUGCAUCCCUCCCAACAACCAAGUCCCCACAUGGCCCAUCCGUUCCACCCGCAUCAUCCCCUAAUGCACCCCUCCCUAUUCGCCGCCAUGCAUCCUUAUCAUCCUCACUAUCCCGGCUACCCUCCGGUCAGCGGCUAUCCUUCCUUCCCUCCCUAUCCCUACGGUCCCGUCCCCCACGCAAUUCCUCCCCCUUCGCCCCAACGCACCCCCGAGAAUCCAAAUCUAAUCACCGCGCAUCACUCCACAACUCCCAAUGUACCUGUCCGUGAGGAGGAAAAUAUGAUCCACCAUCACGCGCCCAUGCACCAGCAGAAUCUUCACCACGACAAACUGCUCGCGAUCUCCUCGCACAGUUCCCACAGCUCGCAUAGUUCCCACUCAUCCUCGCACAACACCCAACGAAAACCUUUAGUCUCCGCCUCCUGUCUCAUUUCCUCCAGCUCCUCUCAACCUCCAAGCAGUCAUCAUCAUCACCGACCCCAUCAUCCCGUACCCCCCGAACCGAAAAUCGAACACCAACCCGAAAUCGAACACGAGCCGGAAACCUCGCCUAGUCCAAAUCGUGGACCAAGUCCCGAGCCUAGAAUCGAUGACUCCGAGUGUCAUCGUUCGCAAUCGGCGAUAUUCCUCCGCCAUUGGUACCGUGGGGACGACAACUCGUGCACCAGGACCGAUCUUAUGUUCAAACCAGUACCUGACUCGAAACUCGCGCGAAAACGCGAUGAGAGAACGAGGAAGCAAGCGGAACGAGAGAGAGAAGAACGGGAUCGGGUCGCGGCCCAGCAGAGGAAGAUGUCGACGCCGGAGAAGCAGCCGGAGAUUUGUAAGCCACCGAGUCGGGGACCAAUGGAGCCGGUGGUGUCGCCUUACGAUAGAUAUGCGACGCGACCUGGCAGCUAUGCGGACACGCCGGCGCUGAGGCAGUUGUCGGAGUAUGCGAGGCCGCACGCGGCCUUCUCGCCGGCGCGGCAUCCGGCGCCGCCUGAUCCGAUGAUUCACUAUAUGUAUGGACCGGGUGCGAGGGAGAGACUGGAGCUGGAGCAUUUGGAGCGGGAGAAGAGGGAGAGGGAACUCAGGGAAUUGAGGGAACGAGAAUUGAAUGAUAGAUUGAAGGAGGAAUUGCUGAAGGGAACGCCGAGGCCGAUGCCGGCGCCUGUCGAUCCGCAUUGGUUGGAGAUUCAUAGGAGAUAUGCGGCGGCGGGACUUGCGCCUGGACCUUCGGGACCACCGCAAGGAUUGCAUCAGUUUGGAUUGUAUGGAGCGCCGCCGGGGCAGCUGGAGAGGGAACGAUUGGAGAGAUUAGCGGGAAUGACGGGACCUGGAGGUGGUGGAUGGCCAACGGCCUCUAGAGCGGGAGCUGCUCAUCAUCAUCUUCAUCAUCAGUGCCAGCAAAAUGAAUGGCUUGCACUGGCUGCCGAUCCAAUGGUCCGAUUACAGAUGGCUGGCCUCUCAGCUGAGUGCACUCACUUUCAUGCGCAUACACAUUUGCAUCUACAUCAGGGUCAACAGCAAGAAGCAGCAGCAGCAGCUGCUGCUGCUGCAGCUGGAAUUCGUUUGCCUGCGGCCGCAGGAGCAAAUUAUCCACGUCCUGGAAUGAUACCUCGUGAUCCAACCAUGGGUCUUCAUCCAGCUGAACUUCUUGGUCGACCGUACGCGGACAUGGCGGCCCAUCACGAACAGCUUCAACGUCAUCUCAUGGUAGAAAGGGAUAGACUUCCUCCACACGCCUCUGUCUUUGUUCAUCACGAAGAGUACCUAAGACAACAACGUGAGCGCGAGCUUAAGGUUCGUGCCCUGGAAGAAGCUGCACGUGGAUCGCGUCCUUAAAGCGUAAAUUAAAAAUGAAAAAAAAUCUUAUAUUAUAAUUAUCUUUGACAGCUAGCCGAGUAAUUUACAAAAAAAAAAAUGAAAAAAAGAACGCAUGAUUUUUAGAGCUCUAAACAAAAAAUAACAUGUACUGAGAAACGACGAAAAGAAACAAAACAAAACGUACAGAGAUUAUUUUUCUCGCUCGUCAUGCGUCUUUAGUUUCCUUCGAUUUUAAGAAACUAUUUUUAUGUUUUCUUAAUGUUUAUGUACGUAACAAACAAAAAAGGAGUGUAAACGACAUUGACGAAAUUUUCUCGUCAUGUCAUGUAACAUGUUUAGUGUAAAUACAAAAAGUGAGAACUUGGAGUGUUAGCUCAGCAGAGUAGAUCUAAGUCCUUUGAAAAAAGCAAUCUUUCAAAUAUAAAUAAAUAAUAAAUAAAUAUAUAUAUAU